CCUUUUUCCUCGUUUUUUUUUUCUCUUUCCUUUUUUCCUCUCUGCAUCUUGGAUGCGAUAGGGAGGAGGAGAGAAGGGUCCGUGCCGUGUCGAUAAGCGGUGGCGCAAUCUUCCUGCCGCCGUCGUGCUCUUCCAUAGUGACGAAGUAGGAAGGUGUCUUACUGUUCUCUUUCGCCAGAUCUCCUUGAUUCGAUGUUCCUGGCCUUCUUCUUCUGAGGCAAUCCUUCGAUCCGGACACGAGCACGCUUUCCCUCGCCAUGAAAGGGCGGUCCCAGCGGCUGCCCCAGGCGGAACCCUCGGUCGACUGGGGAGACGGUUCCUGGACCGUCGACUGCUCGUGCGGUGUCACGUUCGAUGACGGAGAGGAGAUGGUAAGCUGCGACGAGUGCGGCGUCUGGGUGCAUACGCGUUGCUCCCGUUACGUCGGCGGGGAAGCCUCCUUUGCCUGCCACAAUUGCAAGGCCGCCCGUAGGCUCCGCUCCGCUCGUAAUUUGGCAGCCGCCAACGAGGAGGAGGAGACCGAGGUCGCUCGUCUCCUUGUCGAGCUCCCCACCAAGACGGACGCCUACCCUCCUCCGCCCCCACCUCCGCUCCCGCAACAGUCUCACGUUUCUGGAGCCACCCCUAACCGGCGACGCUUUUGGGGACAGAUUCCCCUCGAGGAUCGCGUCCAUGUGCACGGAGUUCCUGGAGGUGAGCCUGGUUUGUUCGGGGGUCAUUCGACGGUCUUCACGUCUCAGCUUUGGAAGUGCACCGGCUACGUGCCCAAGAAGUUCAAUUUCCGGCACAUGGAGUUCCCUGGUUGGGGGGAGGAUGAGGAAGAGGUGAAAAAAGAGGAGACAAGCAAGAAGGACGGUGAGGAGGUUGAGAAUCCAGCCAACAGAGGAGCUGAUGUACUGUUCUCCCUAUCCAAGGAAAUUAUUCCUUACGUCCCGGCGAAGAAAUUUGGUUCCGCUAUGAAACGCGAAGACAGAAAAAUCCCCACAGGCAGCCGCUCUCUUAUCUCCAGAAAUAAGGAUAGGAGCAGGGUUAGGACAUUUGGGCAAGCUAAUCUUGCCAAGAAGAGGAGGGAGGAACCUAGAGAAGCAAAGGACUGGAGCGGGAAAAAGAAAUCAACAAGUAUUGCUGACAAAGUCGUUGGGGAAAAUAAGAGGCAAGGUUCUGUUCAGUUUGCUGGUACAAAAGCAUUUGAAUUCUUCAAGGACAAGGAUCUCCAACUCAAAGAAGCAAGCAAUCCAGAUCCAAAAAGUGAGGAUAAAAAUGUAGAUAUACCCUUGGGACCCAAUUUUUCUGGCGAGCCCAAAAUAUUGGAUUAUAUUGACAAGCCUAAGCACCUACAAAAUAACAGUAAUACAGAGAUAUCAUCUGACCAGAAGAUGAGUGAAGGGACCAUGAUGGGAACACAGGUGAAGGCUGAGAAACUUGAUGAGUGGGAAAAUUCUUCAAAAUUUAAUCUCACCUCUCGAUGUGCUGUAACUAACAUCGCAACAUUGUGUGUUGAUGAGGUUGGUGGAAGUUCUGUUUAUUGCUUCAAACAACCCAAGGAUGAGAAUAAUCUAGACGACCAGUUUUCUAAAGCUUCUUCCCAUGUUAUAAUAGACAUAAGAACUGCAAAGCCAGCCAAUAUUGAUAUUGCAACUGGCUAUAAAGAAAUUUUGGACGAACCACUACUAUUAGGCACAAAAGCUGCUGUUACACCAAUUGCAAAAAUGGAGUUAAAUGAAGGGAAAGCUGAUGGGGCUGAUGAGCUAUCAAGAGUGAAUUUAAAUGUUCCUGUUGGUAAUACUGCUGGAGAUUUGCAUGAUUUGGCUGACCUACCAUCACAAUUAGCAAACCCGUUGUCUGGAAACAUUCAGAACCUAGAAAAUAAAUCCACUUUUGCAUCUUUUGGACAUAAGUCUCAGGAUGGUAGAAGAGAGCUUAAAGAAUUGAAAGAAGGAUUACUUCCUAGAACAUGUGAACCUAAGAAAAGACGGUUGGAGGAUUCAUUGGAACAUAAAAGUUCCAUGGAGAUAGGGCAUGGUUCAAAAUGUAGCAGCGAAUCUGGAAACUCACAAUCCCAAUCUUUGACCAAAUUGGUUUCUGUUGAGCUGAAUUCAGCAGUCAGCGUCAUAAAGGAUUCUUUAACUCCAUCACCUCUUAUCCCCAAGUUAACUAUUUCAGGUGUUAACUUAUCCACCUCGAUUUCUAAAUCCUCUGCUGGUAAGGUUAGUCAAACAACUAAACAAACACGAGUAAAGGUGAACUCAUGUAUCGCUCCCAAGGAAGAAAAUGCACCAAUUCCAGUUAAAGAUAUGGAAGAGGUUUCUGAAAAUCCAACAAAGGGUCAGUCAAAGGUUUGUAUUUUUUCUGGAUCUAAUCUGCCACAAUGUAGUAAAACCUCUUAUAGCUCUUCCUCUGAGCACAUUGUAUCUGAUUCAAAAGAAGAGUCACCUUUCCGUGCUUCAAAAGUUAAUUCCAAACACACUGCAAUGGGAAAUCUACGGUCUGACAAUGUGGUUGGUUCAAGGCAUUCUCAACUUGCUUCUGGUCAAAGUAAGCCCGUUUCUUCAAACCCAUCUCAGAGAACAGAAAAGAGCCAUCAAACAGGUCCAUAUGCUUCAGCAAAAGUUUCAAAUACCUCGACGUUUAUGCAUGCAUCUGUGUCCUCUAAUGCUACCUCAACAUUAAGCGAUGAAGAGCUUGCACUGCUAUUGCAUCAAGAAUUAAACAGUUCUCCAAGAGUUCCAAGGAUUCCACGUGUGCGGCAAGCUUCAGGCAUGCAAUCAAUCACCAACAAUGGAAUGACUGUUUUCUCCAGACGUCCUGUUUCUGGGGGAAAGGAUCAAAUCUCAGUAUUUAGAAGGAAAAACAAAGAAGUGGGAUUUAGAGAUAUUAACUGCAAUUCUGAGUUACAUGAUGAAAGCAGGAAGAAAACUAGGAAGCCAUCACUUUCUUACCACAAACGUCAGCAUUCAUCAACAGACAAGAAAAAAGACUCACAUAUUAGAUCCCCUGACAUGACAGUCAAAACUGAUCCUCUAGGCCCUACGGAAGGUGAAAGAAAUGAUUAUCCUUUUUCCUCACCAGAGGUUAGUGAACAGAAUGCUCCAGCAGCAUGCAACUCAGUUGGGGAUAUUCCCAGAGAUGAUAGUAGUAUUAUUUCUUGCACUUUGCCUGGAUUGAUAGAUGAUAUAAUGAGCAAAACUAAGCACAUAACAUAUGAAGAGCUGUGCAGUGCUGUUCGCCCUCAUUGGCAUGAACUUAGAAAACCUAACGGAGAGCGAUAUGCUUAUCCUACUUAUUUACAUGCUGUUCAUGACUGUCUACGGAACAGGAGUGAAUGGUCCCAUUUGAUUGAACAAGGACCCAAGACCAACUCAAGCAAGAGGAGAAAGGCUGAGUUUGAUUCUGAUGCACCAACAAUUGAAUCUGAAAGUGAGAAGGCAAGUAGCAGAGCUUCAAAAGAAGAAGAUAAUGGGGUUGAAUCACACCGAGAGGAUGUCCCAAAAGGCAAGCGCAAUGCACGGAAGCGUAGGCGGCUUGAGCUACGUGGCACAAGUACAGAAGAGAGUAGGAAGAGGGGCAGCAGAGCUGCUAUUUCGGUUUGUUACACUUCUGCUUUCUCACAUUCAAACGAGGGCAAUGAAUUACUUAGUGAGGACGAAAAUCAAGGAGCUGGAACACAUAAUGGUGGGACUGAAACUUCUGGUUCUAGUUCAGAUGACUCCAGCUGAAGCUUUUUUCUUCCUGAAAUAAUACUGUCAGCCUGAUCUUUGAGAUUCAGCCUGUCACGAAGGUUUCUCUCAGGCUCAGCUCUUACUUAUUGUCUGCAACCUUCAAACAAGGUACUAACAACUAUAUUUGAAGUCUAGAGAUGUGAUAACUUUGUCCAGUGUUAUUUAGAAUGCUUUGAAGAGUUUGUUCAUUUCCUUUGAUGCAGAUGACAAAUUGAAAUGUCUUGUAUUUCUGAUGUCAGUGUAUAUAUAUAUAUAUAUUUAGGUUGCGGGCUGUAAAUCAAAACUAUGCAUAGCAUUUCGGACAAAAGCAUAGAUUUUUUAUCAUCUUUGCUUAACUAUUAUUGUGUGAUUUGAAUGUACUUAUUAGGAAGACAAUCUAAGCAAAGUAUUAUUGUACA